UGAAAUUUUGUGGUGUUUAUUAUUAAUUAACUGUACUGUGUGAACCAGCCGCAGUCGUGGGUUUGUUUCCCUUUAAUUGUGUAAAAUUAGUGCUUCGAGGCAUAUGUUUAAUUAAUUAUUUGCCUUCUAUGAAUUUGGGCCCUUGUCCUUCUAAGAUCCUCUACAUGUCCUUGUGCUAGACUCCCUAUUUAGGUGCCAAGAUCAUGCUGAGUUACUUGUGGUCUUAAAUCAUCCAUCCAUUUUCUCUAUUGCUUAUCCGUCAGGGUCACGGGGGCGCUGAUAGAAUGUCAAAAUUACUCCUGUGGAGGAUUUCAAACUGAGCGGCAUACAAAAAAAGCACCAGUGGUAGUACAUUUAAUCAAGUGCUCAAGUAAUCAGUUACUUCAACUUUACUUGAGUAAUUUAAUUGUAUGCUACUUAAUACUUUUAUUCGACUACAUUACUUGAUAGUCUAGAUGACCACCAGCAGCAGAUACGUUCUGGUUGAAUGAGUGACUGAACAGUCAUACUAACCCUGGAACCAUGAAGAGCCUCUUAUAGUGCAUCUAAAAACCUAAUCUUACUUACACUAAGUAACAGGCCUGAUAUUUUUCCUCUCUAAAAUAUCACUCUAGAUCAAAAAUAUGGUCCCAUGUGGCUGCUGAUAAUGUACUAGUACUUAACAGUUUUAUGUCAGAGUGCAUGUCUAUCCAAACCUGUUAGCGUACGACACACAGACAUGCAGCAAAGGGAGUUCAAAUCCCUCACCUGGGAAGCUCUAAUGACCUUAGAAGUGGAUGACCAGUCUCUCUGAAACCAUAAAAAGAUUUCAGUGAAGCUACGCUUGUUUGGCUGAGAUAGUAGCAAGGGGGGAGUCACAGCUGUAAGCCCUGACUCUGCACGCACCAUGGGGGUCAGGCAGCAGCCACAGAGUCCAUUAGCACGUUACACGGCCUUCUCAGCCAGACAACGAGAAAAAGCCAUUGAACAUCCCAUUCCACCCUGCCACACAGAAUAGAGUGAUCCUAAUGCAGCCUCAGUAAGGUAUGCUACUCAUGAAAGGGAGAGGGGAAGAAGGUGAAAGCAACAGAGACUGAGCAAGUGAGGGGGAGAGGGAGGCAAAGAGAAUAUAAGGAAGAGAAAUGAGGAAGUAAAUGAAGUGUGCACCACUGAUGAUCAUUCUCUUUGAUGGUGUAUCGGUGUAGCGACCAAUAGACCGCACACUCAUUAGGGGCAGGGAACAGAGCACAGUUUCGCUCCUUAUGCCUGGUGAAAGCAGGCCAGAAGUUAGGAUAACAAAACCAAAGCAUAUCACCUGCUUUGUCAGCAUAAUGGUGCAGUUCUAACAGUGUUGUUCUUUUAUUUAUAGCUCUCAUGAUGAGGUCUGUGUAACAGAAAGCAAGCUAGAUCUCCCCCUGGGAAAACAACGUGAAACCUGUCACCCAUAUGAGUUGAAUGGAAGGGCAUAUAUGACGUGAAAUGCCUUUGGGUGCCAUGUCCAAUGAGUGCACAGAUGGACAAACAGAUAAAAGAUCUCAGAGUGCUGACUGCUAAAUGCCAUUAACACCUUUUCUGACAUCAACGCACACCACUGAGGAGCACAGCUUGUCUUAUUUCAACUGUUAUUUUCCAAACUCCCUGCAAGAACAAACGUCACCGAAAAGCUCCACCUGCUCACUUUUUGACCUGUGUUGCCAUGGAGAAUCUCAGUGAGCUCCAAAACCCAUUAUUGGACAAAAACAGUAAGCACAUGGUUAAUGGUUAUGGGGGCGAUUUCCCUAAUAACCAGUACCAGGAAAACAUUAUUAAUUACUCUGCUGGAGGAGGUGGUGGAGGUGAGGGAGGAGGAGGAAAGGUGAAUAAUGGCAACGUAGUGAGCGGAGGUAGUUACAAUACCAAUGGGAAGAUGAAAUCUCAGCAGCUUUUGGACGCCACCUCACUGCAUCUGGCAGUGGAGGCUUUCUACAGGCCCAAUUUCAUUCUGUACAAGGAGGACAGCGGCAGCAUCAAGGCUAAGGAAUACAAAAGUGAGUGCUGUGAGACCACCUUCACAGAGAAAAAGGCAAAGGAGGUGUCCAACACAGCAGGGGCGGACACGCCCGGCACAGAGGAUCCCCAGGCGAAGAUGCUAGAAGAUGGCGAGCACAUCAAGAUCCAGACAGUUUCCUAUGAGGUUGAGGAGGAGGAGUAUGUGGAGUAUGAGACGGACUGCUCCAGCGACAGUGAGAGUGAGGACAACUUUAUAGUCGUCCCUCCACGAGACCACCUGGGCCUGGCCAUCUUCUCCAUGCUCUGCUGUUUCUGGCCUCUGGGGAUUGCAGCAUUUUACUUCUCACAGGGGACUACCAAGGCAGUGAACAAGGGUGACUUCCCACUGGCCAACAUUGCCUCCCGACGGGCUUUGUUCCUUGCUGCCCUCUCCAUCACUAUAGGCACUGGUGUGUAUGUGGGGGUGGUGGUAGCUCUCAUUGCCUACCUUUCUAAGCCAGGACACAUAUAGUAGCCACACCUUCCCUCCACUCACCUCCAGGGAGCCCAGGAGGAGAACAACCCCCUCUUGGGAAAAGCAUUACUCAUGCAGACUUUGAGGAAAGUUUUUUGGGGGAUGAACAGUUUUUCCCUCCACCUACCUUUCUUUCCAGCUUUCUGUCCCUACAGACCCCCUGUCAGCCAAGGGACUGCAGACAGGUCCAGCUGGAGAGUGAGAGGGAGAGGGAUACAGGGAGAGAGUUUGAGUAAUGGAAGUAUUUUGUGUUGGAGUCCAGUUUGCAUCCCAUUAACUUAACCCUGUUGGCUUCACCCUCUUUUGGCUGGAUUUUUAACUUCCUAGACGCUGAAGGAAACACU